UUUAUUUAAUUAGUGCUUCCCCCUCUUCCGUUCUCAUUUUUCGUUCUUUCUCUCUCUCGUUCUCUCGCCCGCUGCAUCACAAACACAAUCGUUUCUCUCUCCUUUUGACCUAAAUCAUCUUCUGCUGAUUCCGCGCAUUUGCCUCUGACGGAUUACACCCAAAUUGCGGUGAAUUAUCGAUCACGAGGUUUCGAUUGACAUUGCUGGAGAUUUUAAGCUUUUCGUAAUUGGUAUCGGGAGUGCGGUGUUGAUUGGGAAGGGGCACUGCAUGUUCCAUUUGUAAGGAGAGGGGGUCCUCUGCUGCGAGGAUUCCCGGUGUUGGUUGUUCAGAUUCGUGGCUUUGUUGUUCGAAGUUGGAGAGGUUCUCUAAAUAUUAGGUAUUGAAUUUGUUGGGGGAAAUGUUUGCUCCGGUUCCGGAUGGGGCAUGUGAGGGAAGUGGAGUUUCGGGAUCCAUUUCGAUUCCUCAACGCUUUGUGUGGCCUUAUGGAGGAAGAAGGGUGUUUUUGAGUGGUUCUUUCACGAGAUGGUCAGAUCAUAUAGCUAUGUCUCCGAUGGAGGGGUGCCCUGCUGUGUUUCAAGUUGUUUGCAACUUAAUGCCGGGGUUUCAUCAGUACAAAUUUAAUGUAGAUGGUGAGUGGCGGCAUGAUGAGCAGCAGCCAUCUGUAAGUGGAAGCUGUGGAGUAGUGAAUACUAUUUAUUUAGUGAGAGAACCAGAUAUCUUACCUUCAAUUUUAAGUAAUGAAGCACCUGGUAGAUCCCAAAUGGAGAUUGACAAUAUGGAAGCUAAUUCCAGGAUGCCCGUGUCUGAUCUGGUGGUCUCUCGCCAGCGUAUAUCUGUAUUCUUGUCUACACAUACGGCUUAUGAUUUGCUUCCUGAGUCGGGGAAGAUCAUUGCCUUGGAUAUAAAUUUACCUGUGAAGCAAGCAUUCCAUGUUCUUUAUGAACAGGGCGUAUCUAUGGCUCCUCUAUGGGAUUUUAGCAGGAGUCAGUUUGUUGGAGUUCUUAGUGCAAUGGACUUCAUUCUAAUACUGAAAGAGCUGGGAAAUCAUGGUUCGAAUUUGACUCAAGAACAACUUGAGACUCAUACUAUAGCAGCCUGGAAAGAGGGAAAAUUACAGCUACGCAGAACAGUUGAUAGUAAUGGAGGAUCACAUCCCUGGCGAUUUGUUCAUGCCGGACCACAUGAAUGUCUAAAGGACGUGGCUUUUAAGAUUUUGCAAAACAAGGUGUCAACCAUUCCUAUCAUCCAUUCUUCUUCAGAGGAUGGUUCAUUUCCUCAACUGCUACAUCUUGCUUCCCUAUCAGGAAUACUGAAAGGUAUAUGCAGACAUUUUAAGCACUCCUUGAGUUCUUUGCCCAUUCUUCAACAUCCAGUGGGUUCAAUACCUUUGGGUGUAUGGAUGCCUAAAGUUGGGGAACCAAAUGGACGGCCACUAGCAAUGCUGAGACCAAGUGCUUCUCUUGGUGCUGCUCUGUCAAUGUUUGUUCAAGCUGAAGUUAGCUCAAUACCGAUUGUGGAUGACAAUGAUUCUUUGCUAGACAUUUAUUCAAGAAGCGAUAUUACAGCAUUGGCUAAAGAUAAAGCAUACGCUCGGACAUCUCUGGAGGAAAUUAGUAUUCACCAGGCAUUGCUUUUGGGACAAGAUGCAAGUUCUCCUUAUGGGCUUUACACCGGUCACAGAUGUCACAUGUGUUUGAGAUCUGAUUCGUUGCACAAAGUGAUGGAGCGGCUGUCUAUUCCUGGGGUUAGAAGACUUGUGGUUGUGGAGGCUGGGAGCAAGCGCGUGGAGGGAAUUAUUUCUUUAAGUGAUGUGUUCAGAUUCUUGUUAGGGUAGUUGUGAUGUGAAGGAGACUCCUUUUCUUGUAUUUGCACUGCUUUUCUGAGAUGCUGUUGUCCUGCUAUGGUAUGCUUUUUUAGGAUAGAAGAAACUGGAGAGAAAUUUCUGUAAAUUGAGGAUCGCUUUUCUCUUUCUUAAAAAUCUCAACUAAAUCGUUUCUCCUGUGUGCCGGCACAUCUGCAAUACAUGUGUCCAGUGCUAAUAGAAAUGAAGGAGAAACUGUGAAAACAAAAUAAAAACAGAGAGACUAGGAAAACAUGAAAAUAUAUAUAGCCCAAUGCAGCACCCACCAUACCCUGCUGUUGUUGGUUCCAGUCGGUUGUAUCGUUGUAAUUUAAGGGUCUUUGUCUUCUUUUUCCAUACCAUUUCCCCUCAUAACUCCAUUUCGUAACUCUUAA